AUGGGCGCGCUAUUGUCCCUGCUGCGUUCCGACCAUAAGCAGCAACCGCAACAGCCGUCAACGAAGAAGGGAUUCCGUGCGUCUGCACCGACGAUGCUGACGCGAGCCAACAUCGCCAUGGCAAACAGACGUGCCAGCAACAGCAACGUUGCCGGUGGCGACAACAGCUACGACGACAGCAGCGGCGGCGACAACAGCGGCGGCCGCGCCGUGUCCACCCGCGAGGUCGUGUUUCCGGAUUCGUUCGAAGUGCUGCCGCAACCGCAUGACCUCAGCGUUGUCUUCAUGGCUGGUGUGCCACACGAACAACAGCGGAAGUUCCGCUGUCGUUUUUGUGGUAAAGGGUACCGUUGGAAGAGCACGAUGCGUCGCCACGAGAUGGUCGAAUGUGGCGGCAAGCCGCCGGCCUUCCAAUGCCCAGAGUGUCCGUAUAAAGCGCGCCAACGUGGAAAUCUGACCGUGCACUUUAAACGGCAUCAUCAAAAAAUGGGCUACGAUGAAGGUUCCUCGGCAUCUUAA